AAAGAAGCCGCCAUAAGGAGAAGCCUUCCAUAGUUCUUCGAUCAACCAAAACACAGAGCCAUAGGAAAGCAGAAAUCACACCAAAAUGGUAACCAUAAAAAACCCAAGUCAGCCAUUGCUUUAUCUCUUCUUUCUCUCUGUUUAUGGAGAGAUUUCCCAAGUUUGGGAAGAGGGGAAAUGAGAGGGAAAAGAAAAAAAAAAAAAAAAGCUCAAAGGAGAAUUCGGCAAACAUGAGCUCUGGUUUAUCCACGUGGCGCCAUAUCAGUGGUUAGGUGCUUUUGAGGGGGCUGCUUUCCCUCUCUGUCUCUCUCUCUCAUGCGCUGCCAUGUCAGAAGUGUAAACCCCGUCCUUUGCCCCGGCGAAUCCGUAUCGUAUGCUUCUCUCUCUAAAAAAAGCUCUCUUCCUCCCUCUAAAAGUAUUGAUUGUCUCUCUCUUGUGUAGCCUCAAUUCUCUGUCUCUCUCUUUCUAUUUAUUUUCAUUUGUUGGCGUGUGUUCGUGUUUCCCUCUUUUCUCUCUCUUCCUCGUAUCUCUCAUAUUGUUCUUCUGCUUCUAUGCCCUAAUUUCUCUGUAUAUCUCUACCCACUGUUUUUUUCUUUCAGUCUCUUAAAAUCUGGUAAUACACCACCCUUUGUAUUGAUUUUUGGUUCUGAACAAAAGAUUGUUCCGAAUGUAAUGCGGAGGAUUGAGAGAUGAAGGAUAGUGGUUCAACUACUAAUAAAAUGAUAAACAGAAACUGGGUCUUGAAGCGCAAGCGAAAAAAGCUUUUGUAUGGACGAGUCGUUACCAAUGGUAAAGAAGAGAAGUUAGCAGCCCUGGAAUCUCCCAGGAGUACUGCAGCUGCUAAACGCAGGCCAAAGAGUGAACUAAGUUCAGAUUUAUCUUCAUUCAAGAAGAAAGGAAAUGAUGGGUAUUACUAUGAAUGUGUGAUCUGUGAUCUUGGUGGCAACUUGUUGUGUUGUGAUAGCUGUCCUAGUGUCUACCAUCUUCAGUGCCUUGAUCCACCUCUUAAGCGCAUUCCAAUGGGGAAGUGGCAAUGCCCACAGUGCUGUCAAAAGAAUGAUCCGCUCAAGUCCAUUACCCAACUGGAUUCCAUUUCAAAGCGGGCAAGAACAAAAAUUGUUACAACAAAUUCUAAGACUGGAGGUAGGCCAUCUGACACUGACAAAGUGUCCCGGAUUUUUGGAAGCUCGAUUCUCUCCAAACGAAGGUCCUCCAGCAAAGGAAAAUCUGUGUUAACUUUUGGAGUUAAAUCCUGUGAAAAGGAACCAGAUUCUUCCUUGGACGAAUCUAGUAGCACCAAGCCUAGUGAUCCAUCCCUUGGUGUUUCUAUAGAUGGUACCUCAUCAUGUGUGAAUGCUGAUGAUGCAAAGAAACCUGAUGUGUCGCCACCUGCGUCACCUGCAGACAAGAAUUCAAUUUCUAUUGCUGAGGAAACAUUGUCUCAUUCUAAACUUAAAAAGUCUGGGCCAAAUGAUGAAGCAUCUGAUAGAAAGCGUGACUUGUCUUGUAAUAAUGGGUCUCCAAGAAACAAAAUUGUACUUGCAAUUUGUGCUGCCACUGAGAAAGAUAGAAAAAGAAAACAUGAAGGCAAUGGCAACAGCAUAAAGAAGCAUAGGAUUGACAAGGGACAACGUACUUCUAAGAAAUGGGGAUCAAAAGCCAAUAAUACAUCCUCUGGAAGUAGUAAAUUGCACCAGAAAAGGAAAACUGGUACUUAUGGGGUUUCUGCAUCUUUAUCAGAGAAUGAUGUUGGACCCAAGAGCUUAGAUGCCCAGGGAAAGAAUGAGAAGCUUCCUGAGGAACUUGUGCACCCAUCAGAUGAGGCAGGUAAAGCUGGGGGUGGUGUGGAUGAAACACGAAUAUGUGAAGAUACUAUCCUUGAACUUCAACAGGUUGAUCGGGUUUUGGGAUGUCGAAUUCAAGGUGAUAAUUCUAGUUCUUCACGCAAUGCCUCUUUGAUUGCUACAGAUGACCUACCCUCUGAGGAAUUGCUUAUUCCAGAAACACAAAAUAGAGAGGAAAACUCUAUUUGUGAUAUUGAUUCAGAUGUAUUAGUUGCUGAAAAUCUUGCAGGGGGCUCUCCAGGCUUCAACCAAAGUUGUGACAGGGGAGAAAGCAUGAAGAAUGACAUUAGAGUGGACAAAAUAAAUGUAUAUAAAAGAUCUGCUGGUAAAGAUUGUAAAGGAGGAAAUGUUAAGGAUUUAGCUGGGAAAGAUGACAAGUAUUCAGGUUCUAAAGGCCUAAAUGAUAAAGAUCAAGAUGAGUCUGCAGAAAGUGUAGAAGAUUUUGUAAAACAACAUGAAAAGGUGCUGACAGAAAACAUUGAUGUUUCUUUGAAAAGUCAAGAUACAAGUGAAGUUUCCAAAGAUUGUGGACCACAUUUAUCUCCUGAAACCAAAGUUAGAGAAGAAGCAGAUAUGGAAAUGAAAAUGAGUGGUGUUGAUGAAAAUAAAGUUCAGGAGCCUGCCAAGAUGGAACCAGCAUGCGCUAAUGGGGAGACAACAUCAUAUGAAUUCUUAGUUAAAUGGGUGGGUAAGUCUCAUAUACACAAUAGUUGGAUUUCUGAAUCUCGACUGAAAGUUCUUGCAAAAAGAAAACUAGAAAAUUACAAGGCAAAGUAUGGAACAGCUGUAAUAAAUAUAUGUGAGGAAAAGUGGAAGCAGCCUCAGCGUAUAAUUGCUCUCCGUGCUUCCAGAGAUGGUACAAAGGAAGCUUUUGUGAAAUGGACUGGUCUUCCUUAUGAUGAAUGCACUUGGGAAAGAUUGGAUGAACCUGUUCUGUCAAAAUCUCCACAUAUGAUUGAUGUGUUUAAUCAGUUAGAGCAGAAAACACUGGAAAAAGAUGCAACGUCAAAUGAUCUGAAUAAGUGGAGGGGUGAUGGUCAUCAAAAUGAGAUAGUUACUCUCACGGAACAACCUAAGGAGCUAAAAGGAGGCACCUUGUUUCCUCAUCAGCUUGAAGCGUUGAAUUGGUUGCGUAAAUGCUGGAACAAAUUCAAAAAUGUGAUCCUUGCUGAUGAGAUGGGGCUUGGGAAAACAGUAUCGGCUUGUGCCUUUAUUUCAUCACUGUAUUUUGAGUUUAAAGCUUCUUUGCCUUGUUUGGUCUUAGUUCCACUUUCCACUAUGCCAAACUGGCUUGCUGAGUUUGCGUUAUGGGCUCCUAACUUAAAUGUUGUAGAAUAUCAUGGGUGUGCAAAAGCAAGGGCUAUAAUUCGCCAAUAUGAAUGGCAUGCUAGUGAUCCAAAUGAGAUGAAUAAGAAAACUGCUUCUUACAAAUUUAAUGUUCUUUUAACUACUUAUGAAAUGGUUCUUGCCGACUCCUCCUAUUUGCGUGGAGUUCCAUGGGAAGUGCUUGUGGUUGAUGAGGGUCACCGUCUAAAGAAUUCAGGAAGUAAGCUGUUCAGCUUGCUCAAUGCAUUUUCUUUUCAACAUCGUGUUCUCUUGACUGGUACCCCUCUUCAAAAUAACAUUGGUGAGAUGUACAAUUUACUUAAUUUCUUACAGCCAGCUUCGUUCCCUUCUCUAUCUUCAUUUGAGGAGAAAUUUAAUGAUCUUACAACUGCUGAAAAAGUGGACGAAUUGAAAAAACUUGUUGCUCCACAUAUGCUUCGACGGCUUAAAAAGGAUGCCAUGCAAAAUAUCCCUCCCAAGACAGAACGAAUGGUUCCUGUUGAGUUGACUUCUAUCCAAGCUGAAUACUAUCGUGCAAUGCUAACAAAGAACUAUCAGGUAUUGCGGAAUAUUGGAAAAGGCGUUGCUCAGCAAUCAAUGCUGAACAUUGUAAUGCAGUUGAGAAAGAUUUGCAAUCAUCCAUACCUCAUACCGGGUACUGAGCCUGAUUCUGGGUCAGUAGAAUUCCUUCAUGAAAUGCGAAUAAAAGCUUCAGCGAAACUGACUCUGCUACAUUCCAUGCUAAAAGCAUUAUAUAAGGAAGGUCAUAGGGUUCUUAUUUUCUCGCAGAUGACCAAACUUCUGGAUAUCCUUGAAGAUUAUUUAACUAUAGAGUUUGGGCCUAAAACAUACGACAGAGUGGACGGAUCUGUAUCCGUCAGUGAUCGUCAGGCAGCAAUUGCACGUUUCAACCAAGAUAAAAGCCGAUUUGUGUUCUUGUUAUCAACACGCUCGUGUGGCCUUGGAAUCAAUUUGGCAACAGCUGAUACUGUCAUUAUUUAUGAUUCUGAUUUCAACCCACAUGCUGACAUCCAAGCAAUGAACAGGGCGCAUCGAAUUGGACAAUCAAAUAGACUUCUGGUGUAUCGACUUGUUGUUCGUGCCAGUGUUGAAGAGCGCAUCUUGCAGCUUGCCAAAAAGAAACUGAUGCUUGACCAGCUUUUUGUGAAUAAGUCUGGAUCUCAGAAGGAAGUGGAAGAUAUUCUACGAUGGGGAACGGAGGAACUUUUUAGUGAUUCUUCUAGCAUUAAUGUGAAAGAUACUGGUGAAAGUAAUAGCAACAGAGAUGAGGCAGUAAUAGAUAUAGAGCAAAAGCAGAGGAAAAGGGGUGGUGGUCUUGGGGAUGUGUACAAGGAUAAAUGUACAGAUGGCAGCAACAAGAUUGUCUGGGAUGAAAAUGCAAUUGUGAAAUUGCUUGACCGUUCAAACCUUCAGUCUGGGAUAGCUGAUGUUGCUGAAAUGGACUUUGAGAAUGACAUGCUUGGAUCGGUAAAGUCUGUGGAAUGGAAUGAUGAAACAGCAGAAGAGCAAGUUGGGGCUGAAUCACCUCCUGUUGUGGCUGAUGAUAUUUGUGGACAAAAUCCUGACAACAAGGAGGAUAAUGUGGUCACUAGUACUGAAGAAAAUGAAUGGGACAGGCUUCUGCGCUCAAGAUGGAUGAAAUAUCAAAAUGAGGAGGAAGCAGCACUUGGUCGAGGAAAGCGCCAGAGGAAGGCUGUUUCUUACAGGGAAGCAUAUGCUCCACAUCCAAGUGAAACAUUGAGUGAGAGUGGUGGUGAAGAUGAACGGGUCCCAGAGCCAGAGCCAGAGCUAGAGCGGGAAUAUACACCAGCUGGACGAGCACUGAAAGUGAAGUAUGCUAGGCUUCGCGCUAGACAGAAAGAACGGCUUGCUCAGCGGAAUGCUAUUGAAGAAUACUGCCUCAAUGAGGGUCUUUCUGUACCCGACUCACUGCCUAAGCCUCAUCAUCCUCCCACCAAUGAGAGAGACAAGGAUCGAGCAAUGGAUUUAGUUCAACAAGUCGGAGAAAAGUCUUCAGUAUUUGACUUGGAGGAUAAUAAAUUCCCCCAGUCAUUGGAUACACCAAAGAGCAAGGCUGACUCAACGUUAAGGCUGGGUCGGAUAUCAAAGCAUAAAAUGAGCAGUCAUCUGGACCAUUCUGUUAAUUCUCAUGGUCACCCUUCUCCUGACAUCAACCUUGCAAGUCAACAAAAUCAGGGCACAGGCCAUGCAAACUACAACUUAUUACCAGUUCUGGGUCUGUGUGCUCCCAACGCUAAUCAGUUAGAUUCAUCACAUCGAAAUUCAUCAAGAUCCAGUAGCAGACAAAACAAGCCAGCUACUGGACCAGAGUUUCCUUUCAGUCUACAUUCCUCUAGAACUUCAAUCGAGACCGAUUUAAAGUGGAAGGAGAUUAAUGCAUCAGCUGAAGUCUUGCAAAAGCACCUUAAAAGUAGUUUGUCAGAUGGUUGGCUUCCAUUUAGUCCGUGUCCUCCAACUGUACCACAAGGGAGAAGUUCUGAUUGUUUGGAGAGUUCCAGUUCUAGUUUUGCUGAUUUCCAGGAAAAAAUGUCAAUCCCAAAUUUACCUUUUGAUGAAAAGUUGCUGUCCAGAUUCUCACUACCUUCUAAAAGCAUGCCAACUCCACACCCUGACUUAUUACCUAGCUUAUCACUUGGUGGCAGACUUGAAGCUGUAAAUGACUCUAUACGAGAUCUUUCAGCAAUGCCUUUGUUGCCCAAUUUGAAAUUCCCCUCUCAGGAUGCAUCAAUAUACAAUCAGCUAGACAAGGAAGUGCCUCCCACACUGGGUUUGGGUCAGAUACCAUCUACCUUUCCACCAUUACCUGAAAACCAUAGGAAGGUACUUGAAAACAUAAUGAUGAGGACUGGGUCUGGAUCAAAUAACUUGUAUAGAAAGAAAUCGAGAAUAGAUGGCUGGUCUGAAGAUGAACUUGAUUUCCUGUGGAUUGGUGUUCGUAGACAUGGAAGGGGUAAUUGGGAUGAGAUGCUUAGAGACCCCAGGUUAAAAUUUUCGAAGUAUAAAACUAGACAAGAUUUGGCAGCUAGGUGGGAAGAGGAGCAACUGAAGAUCUUGGAUGCACCAGCCUUUUCAGGGCCAAAGGCAAUUAAACCUACAAAAUCUUCCAGAUCAUCCUUGUUCCCAAGUAUUCCGGAAGGAAUGAUGGCACGGGCAUUGCAUGGUAGUAGACUUGCUACACCACCAAAAUUUCACUCCCAUUUGACAGACAUGAAACUGGGCUUUGGUGACCUGUCUUCGAGUAUGCCGCAUUUCGAGCUGUCAGAUCAACAUAGGCUGAAUGAGCAUUUCGGGCCUAUUCCAACUUGGAAUCCUGACAAAUUUCGCACAAAUUUUGCUGGAGAUUCUUCUGCUGGACCCUCUACCUUGAGUGUUUCUAGUGGAAUGCCAUUUCUGCUCAAUUCUUUUGGAGCAAGCAACUUAGGCUCUCAGGGUUUGAAUGGCUCUAGCAGCUUUGAUUUACAGCGGGAGGAACAUGGCAACAUGAAGUAUGGGAAGUUGCCCAGUCUUCUGGAUAGGUCACUAAAUAGAUUGCCUGAUUCCCAAAAUAAUGUUGGAAAUGGAGAAUCCAGUAGUUCAGCUUUAUUCCAAGACCAUGAUAAUGGGAUAAAUAUUUUGCAUUCGAAAGGGAAAGAAAUAGUUGGAAGCAGUUCUUCAAAGAAUAAGCUACCCCAUUGGCUUAGAGAAGCUGUAAGUGCUCCUGCUAAACCGUCAGAACCAGACCUGCCACCCACUGUAUCAGCUAUAGCUCAAUCAGUUCGUGUACUAUAUGGAGAAACUAAGCCAACAAUUCCUCCUUUUGUUAUACCGGGUCCACCUCCAUCCCAACCGAAGGAUCCAAGACGAACUCUGAAGAAGAAAAAAAAGCGGAGAUCAGAUAUUUUCAGGCAGUUCCCUCAAGACAUUGCGGGAAGCAUGCAGAAUUUUAAAAGAAGCAUUCAGGGCAGCAGUGUUGCUUCAUCCUCUGUUCAGUCAGCCCAAACUUUCCAACCGCCUGGAACUUCAGGACUUGCAUGGGAUGAAUCUGAUCCAAAUUCUCGUUUCCCUAAUAUAAACAUGCUGCACUGUUUGACAUCAUCUUCUUAUUUAAAUCUACCAAAGAAAACAAGCAUGGGCUUGUCCCCGUCUCCUGAAGUUCUUCAACUGGUAGCUUCCUGUGUGGCCCCAGGCCCCCACUUGUCAUCUAGUUCAGGCCUGACAAGCACUAGCUUUAAUGAGAGCAAGCACCUCUUGCCAAAAUCUGUCAACCAUGUAGAAGUUUUGGAUUCACAAGGUGCUGUGGAGGAUAUGCAGAGCUUGCCUCCUGAUUCAAAGGUCAUGCUCGCAGAAAACAAACCAAGCCAACCUGAUAGUGGUGAUUCUAGCAAGACUCGGUUGGAUUCUUCUCAGACUGAAGAGCCUGAUGUAGAGGCGAUAUCAUCUGAGGGAACGGUAUCAGAUCACCAUGUGAGUGAGCAUGAACCAUAGCUAUAAUACAAAAUGAAAUGUUCGGACAUUAUUAUUCUUUCAGGCCACUGGAGUUCCAGGUAUUGCAUUUCAGUUAUGCGCUCGAAUUUUUGUAGGCAUGAUGUAAUGAGUGAUGACUAGCGUACAUAGGAUCAUGUAGACAUCUUUUGUAAAGUUACUUUAAGAGAAAAUGAAAUGCAAAGUGUUUCUGCUUGGUAUUGGUA